AUGGGUCUCCGCGUGCAGGCACCGGCCCACCACGCAGCCCCGAACCCAUCUGCAGCGCUUCUGGCCUCCUGUGGGAGCCCGUUCCCGCCUUUUCCCCCUGUUCCCGCCUCAGCUCACGCGAGGCGCCUCAGUGUGAGGGGGCUGUCUGCUGACUUGGGUGACAACCUGCUGACCAGGCCCGGACCACCCACAGUUGCACGAAUACCUCCGCCUAUUUUACCAAGACCGUCACAGCAAACAGGAAGCAGUAGUCUGAGCACUUUAAGGCCAGCCUAUAGCAAUUCUUUUUCUCCAGGCUAUGGUUCAUAUGGAACCUCUUUUUAUGGAAGCUAUAGCCCUUACAGUUACGGAUAUGGUGGUUUGGGUUAUAACCGCUUUCGUGCAGACGAUAUCCCUCCCAGCAGGUCUGCUGACUUGGGUGACAACCUGCUGACCAGGCCCGGACCACCCACAGUUGCACGAAUACCUCCGCCUAUUUUACCAAGACCGUCACAGCAAACAGGAAGCAGUAGUCUGAGCACUUUAAGGCCAGCCUAUAGCAAUUCUUUUUCUCCAGGCUAUGGUUCAUAUGGAACCUCUUUUUAUGGAAGCUAUAGCCCUUACAGUUACGGAUAUGGUGGUUUGGGUUAUAACCGCUUUCGUGCAGACGAUAUCCCUCCCAGCAGGUUUGUUCAGCAGGCUGAAGAGAGCAGCAGAGGUGCAUUUCAGUCCAUUGAAAGUAUUGUGCAUGCGUUUGCCUCAGUCAGCAUGAUGAUGGAUGCUACAUUUUCAGCUGUGUACAACAGUUUCAGAGCUGUGUUGGAUGUAGCCAACCACUUCUCCCGCCUCAAAGUGCACUUCACAAAGGUGUUUUCAGCUUUUGCUUUAGUGAGAACUAUAAGGUAUCUCUACCAACGCCUACAGCGAUUACUGGGUCUGCGAAAGAGCUCUGAGAAUGAAGAUUUGUGGGCUGAAAGUGAGGGGACAGUAGCUCGCGUUGGCCUUGAAGAUAAGGUGGCUAACUCUGCAAAAUCCUGGCCCAUUUUCUUGUUUUUUGCUGUUAUAAUGGGAGGUCCCUAUCUGAUUUGGAAACUGCUUUCUACAUACAGUGAUGAAGAAACAGUAUCUAGUAACUGGGCGAGUGGAGAAGAUGAUCAUGUAGUUGGAAGAGCAGAAUAUGAUUUCAGUGCUCUCUCAGAAGAAGAAAUUUCCUUCCGUGCUGGUGACAUGCUAAAAUUAGCACCCAAAGAACAACAACCUAAAAUCCGUGGUUGGCUUUUGGCUAGUUAUGAUGGCCAAACAACAGGACUUGUGCCCGCUAAUUACAUCAAAAUCCUGGGCAAAAGAAGAGGUAGGAAAACAGUGGACCUGGAAAAGGUUACAGAACAACGGCCAGCCUUUACCAGCCCAUCUGUUAAAGGAUCUACUGCUACUGUGACUUUAGAGGAGCAGGAGGCUGCUUUUGAUUCUGUUUUUGCUGGAAGUAAUAAAGUUCCUGUUGCACCUGACUCCACUGUGGUUAGCGAAAAGAAACAGGAACUCUAAUGCACCUUCAUCAACAAAGCAACUGAACUGUGCUUUAUUGAUAAAACUUAGGUUUGCUGAAUAUCUGUUUUGUAGUGGAACACUGAUGGGUCUGUACCAGUUACUGCUGCUACUGACUGGUGGAGGGACGGAGAAAUGAUUGCUCAAAUUUGUAGUAUUUAUUUUUGACUCACCUAUGGCUGUACAUUAGUGAUUCUACCCCACCAUCUGGCAGCCACUCUUAAGACCUUGAGAUGAGAAUUGAGGCAUUUAUAAAAAAGCAAACAAAUAAACAAAAAAAGGGACUGCCAGCCUGUUCUUGCAGAGGAGACAAACUGUUGGUGAAAUCUGGAGAUUAACAUCCAGUCUUCAUUAGAAUGUUGGCUUGACAAGAGGUCUCUUCAAUAGAUCUGUAAGAUGUCCUACAAAACUGGACGCUGAGGACCAUAAAAUAGCGAUACUGCAUUGUUUCCCCAUGAAAGGAGGGAGAAUUGCAAGAGAAUUCGGUGACACAAUUGAAUCAUUAAAAGUUCCAAGUUGCUUGAUUGGAGCAGAAGUAGAGCUUCUGUCAUAAAGACCUUAGCUCUUGUAAAAAAGGGAAUUGUGGGAUGGGGAGGAGAAAUACAGUUUACAAACAAAGAGCAAUGAGGCUUCAGCAAUAGUUCUAACCAGUUCUCUUGUUUAUUAAAAGAACAUUAGAACGAAGGGUAUCCUGUAGGCAGGCACUUUCCACCGUUACUCCCUUCUGUGGGAAACAAACUUUCCAUCACUCCUAGCCAUUUUGUGUUGGAGCCUGUUAACUGCCUAUCAAUAGUUCAUGAACUACCACCUGCAUCACAACUUUAUUAUUUUUAUAUGAAUGUCAGAAUAUCUAUCCUGCCUUUUAGUGUGGUAGGCAAGCAUUGGUUUGGAGGACAUUGACCCUAAGUGGCAAAGGAAAAGUAACAUUUCUUGCUUCAUUGUCUCAGUUAGAUAAGGUCUUGGAGUUAACUCCUUAAGCUGCCUUACAGGUGGUAAAUUUUGCAUCUGCCCGUAAAAUUUGAGGGCUCUGGUUUAUCAAAAGCCAUAAAAACAUUAAGACUGUUCAGAGUAUUUACUAUUUUCUUCAUACUGGUGUUUGAGAAUUCUGUAUUAAAAUACUGUUUUGGGUUGUUUGUUUUUUUAAUGAAGCAAAGAUAAUUAAAACUUUUUUCCUUGUAGAGUAUGUGUAUAACACGUUCAGCUUCUGAAGUUUAGAGCAGUCGAUAAAGUAACUAAAGCUUGUCUUAAUCAUUAAAACAGCUUUUCUUUUUUAUUUUAAAGUUACUCAGAAGUAUUAGUAAAAGUAGGGCACGUGCCUUUGCUUAAUUGAUCCAGUAGUUUUGUUUUGACUGUUUCAACAGACCUUCAAUGCCCAUUAUAUGUUAGCUAAGCUUUCAGUACUUUAAUUACAUUUGCUGGCUUUGAGUUCUUAGAAUUCCUUUCAGCACAACAAAACUCUGACAAGAAAAAUAGAAGUGAGCACACUUCUAUUGAGGUAGAAUGGUUGAAAAAGCAGGUAUUAUGCUGGAACCUUGGAUUUUAAAGAAAACUCUGAAUGCCUGUUGAUAAUCAGAGCAAGAAUUUAAGUGGUUGUGCUCAGGUAUUGGGAGAUGGUGCGAAAUUUUUUUUUUUUUUUAGUAGAUUGUUAGAUCUUCAAGUGUAGAGGAAAAGGAAAGAGUAGCUCUUUGAAACUUGAAACUACGUUUACUAGGUUUAAAACAGAAUAUGUUCCCAAGACGUUUCCCUGUGUACCAGGGCACUGGAGAAAAUUACCUGUAUUUGGACAUGACAUCUGUUGUUGAAAUGAAAAUAGCAAAACAAUCCUGAAAUAUAAAAUACAGAGAGGAAAAAACAGGGGUGUAGGCAGGUAUCAAGUGUACAGUUCUGCUUACACUGUGUAUUCCUGGAUGGAAUUAAUUUAGUUUUGUGCAAUUUAAUUAAUGGGCUGUCGUCCUCUCUUGUGUCAGUGAAAGAUUUCAAUCAGAGGAAGGGCAUUUUGAAUAAAUGAAUAAAUAAACCCCAAACUUAGUGUAGAGUAUCUCUUCAAGUAGACUUCUGUUUUCCUGCUCAGAACAAAUUGGGAAGACAGUACCAUGAUAUUUGUUGGAAUCUUUAAAUCUUAUUCAUUUUUAGUAUGAACUGAAAGUGAAAUUAUUACUUCUAUUUUCAAAACAUUUUUUUUAGUAGGAAGAGAGGUUAUUAAUAACUCCACUGACUUGUCUUUAGUUUGACUUAGUCUACAAAUUGCUGUCAUAACAGUAUCUGCUAAAUGUUGACAAGAAUUUUGAUCCUUUCAACCUUAUGAUUACUUUAAUGGGAAAAAAAGGCUCUGAGGAAAUGAAGUUAUUGAACUCGGUUAAUUGUACUGAUUGCAGAAGGGUAUUAAAGUUCAUUGAAGUAAAA